AUGGCUCCUUCAGCGACCGCCGUUGGUAGUCCGGUAACCCUCGCUCUUCCAGAUGAAGUGAGCAAACCACCUGCAGGAGUUGUCCUGCCGCCAAGAGACAUCCGAGCUAUCGUUGAGAAGACCGCUGGGUACGUCGCCCGAAAUGGGCCCGCUUUCGAGGAUCGUAUCCGAGAGAAGGAAAAACACAACCCAAAGUUCUCUUUUUUGAGUGCCAAGGAUGCAUACUUCCCCUUUUACGCAUGGCGGCUUGAAGAGGUCAGGGAGGGAAGAGGUACAGCGGUGUCAGCAGGUAGAGCUGGUGAGGCUGUCCCGGCCCAAGAACCAGAGAAACCCAAGGGUCCAGCAGCGCCGCCAGACUUCCACUUCUCUGCCCGAAUGCCCAACAUCAGUGCGCAGGAUCUUGACGUUGUCCGCUUGACCGCGCUCUUUGUGGCUAAAAAUGGGCGAUCGUUCAUGACUACACUAUCCCAGAAAGAAACAAGGAAUUACCAAUUCGAUUUUCUACGACCUCAACACUCCCUCUACCAAUUCUUCAGCCGUCUGGUGGAUCAGUAUACACUAUUGUUGCAAUCCGCUAGCGCCGACGGAGAAAAAGCCAAGAAAGCUCGGAUGCUUGAUUUGGAACAUAACGCAAAUGAUAAAUUCAACAUUCUUGGGCGGGCGAGGCAGCGAGCAGAAUGGGUGAGAUUUCAAGAAGAGCAGAAGCAGAAGAAGGAAGAAGAGGCAGAAAAGGAGAAAUUGGAGUAUGCUCAAAUCGAUUGGCACGAUUUUGUGGUAGUCGAGACAGUCCUCUUCGAAGAUGCAGACGAGCAAGCAGACCUCCCUCCUCCCACAUCUCUCAAUGACCUUCAAUCUGCCUCUUUGGAGCAAAAAGGAGCCAUGUCAUUACAACCACACGAUCGCCGCAUCGAGGAAGCUAUGCCCACGGAUGAAGACUAUAGCCUUUUCUACAAUCAACAACAGCCCUACCAACAACAACAACCAUACGCCAUGCCACCCCCAGCUUUUAAUUCUUACGAGACACAACAACCACAAGCCAUGGACUAUCAGUUCACGGCCCCCAUAUCUGUCCCGGCUCACCAAGAUGAAGAAGAGCUUGCCAUCGCCGAACGAACGCAAGACCGGGAAGCUGCUCAGGCAGCACAGGCAGCAGCUAAAGGCGGCGCGGGCCAACCCAUGCGGAUCAGGAAUGAUUACGUUCCACGCGCCCAAGCAAAGAGGCAAAAUUUGCAGAUGGCAUUAUGUCCAAAUUGCAAGCAGCAGAUUCCAUAUGACGAGCUGGAUCACCACAUGAAGAUCGAGCUCCUCGAUCCUCGCUGGAAGGAGCAACGUCAAAAAUCCGAUCUCCGCGCUUCAACAACCAAUCUCUCAAUUUCCGAUGUAGCCGCCAACCUCAAGCGCCUCGCUUCCCAACGCAGUGACGUCUUCGAUGGUGUGACUGGCCAGCCAGUCAUCAGCGAAGAGGAGGCUGCGAGGAGGAAGAGGGCGGCUUUGAGCUAUGAUGGGCAAUUGGACAAGGGCAAAGAAAUGCAGGUUAUGAAUAUUGAGGAGCAAAUUCGACGCAUCCACGAGAAGAACAAAGCGUAG